CGGAAAAGUAAAAAAGAAACGUUUUUGCUCGUUAGCUGUUGCGCGCGCAUGCCGCCUAUCUUUGUCUAACGAAAUCCACAUUUCGUUGAAAAAUGGCUUCGAUCACGAAUUCGAAGCAUUCAGAAGUAAACGGCGAUUGUGUUUAUACUCCACCCAACAUGCCGUCUAAUAAAGUAACCGUUGUUUUGGGUGCACAGUGGGGCGACGAAGGAAAAGGCAAAGUUGUGGACCUAUUAGCUUUGAAUUCCGAUAUCGUGUGUCGGUGCCAGGGUGGAAACAACGCUGGACAUACAGUGGUUGUGGAUGGGAAGGAAUUCGACUUUCAUCUACUUCCAAGUGGUAUCAUCAACCAAAAAUGUACUUCGGUCAUCGGCAAUGGUGUUGUCAUCCACCUACCUGGACUAUUCGAAGAGCUGAAGAAGAACGAGCUGAAGGGCAUGGGAGGUUGGCAGGACCGACUCAUUAUUUCAGAUCGUGCGCACCUGGUUUUCGAUGUUCAUCAGCAGGUUGAUGGUCUCCAAGAGGCGGAAAAGGGUAAAAACUCCCUCGGCACAACCAAAAAGGGAAUUGGUCCAACUUACUCCUCAAAGGCAACAAGAAAUGGUAUCAGAAUUGGCGACCUCUUGGGCGAUUUCAAUAUGUUUGAGGAAAAAUUCCGAACACUGGCGGAAACGUACAAACGUAUGUUUCCCUCAUUGGAGGUGGAUAUUGAAGGUGAACUGAUCAAGUACAAGGAGUAUGCUAAUAAAAUACGACCCCUGGUGAAAGAUACGGUGACGUAUUUGCACAAGGAGAUCAGCAGUGGAAGGAAAGUGCUGGUCGAAGGCGCCAAUGCCGCCAUGCUGGAUAUUGAUUUUGGCACGUACCCCUACGUGACGUCAUCGAAUUGCAGUAUAGGAGGGGUUUGUACGGGCCUUGGACUUCCGCCGAAACUAAUUGGCGAAGUACUGGGAGUUGUGAAAGCAUACACAACAAGGGUCGGAGAUGGGCCCUUCCCCACAGAGCUGCAUGAUGAAACGGGCAGGUUAUUACAAGAUCGUGGACAUGAGUACGGUGUGACCACGAAGCGGCUGCGGCGCUGUGGCUGGCUUGACCUCGUCGUGGUCAAAUAUACCGCCACGGUCAAUGGAUAUACCUCAUUGUGCCUAACGAAACUAGACAUACUGGACACGUUGGAAGAAAUCAAAGUGGGUGUGGCUUAUAAGCUUAAUGGGAAAAAGCUCGACUACUUUCCGUCAUCGAUGCCCGAGCUUAGCUCUGUUGAGGUGGAGUACAUAACAGUACCGGGCUGGACAUGCAGCACAGCGGCGAUACGGGAGCUCAAACAUUUGCCAGCGCAGGCGCAUCGCUACGUCAAUAUAAUACAGGAGUACUUACAGAUACCUGUAAAAUACAUUGGAGUGGGUCAAGGCAGGGAAUCCGUUAUUAAUGUGGCGUAAUUUCAUAGUUUACGUACUCGUACGUACGUCACGUACAAAGCGUACGUUGUAUCUGUUUUAAUAACUCUAUCAAAUGCAGAAAUGCAUUUAUUAUUAUCAUUUUGUGUUAGCAUCCCGUUUUAUGACGUUAAAAAGUUAUUGUAACAGAUGCAGCGUCGGUUUUUUAGCUAAAUAUACAUUUGUGGACGCAGCGAUUAACUCGAAUUUUAAAAUAUUUUUGAAGUUUAAACAAGCAAUCAUUGUUUUAUCUGUAUUUUUUUAAAAAUGACUCGAUUUUUUAUUGGUUUUUGACAUCGCUGCGUUUAGAUUCUUAUCAAAUUAUGGGCUUCUAGAAUUGUAUUUUGUUAGUUGAAAAAUCAUAUUAUAUAUGAUAGAAAAUAUCUAUAUUGAUCGCAAAUGGAAAUAAAUGUUUGUCCUAUACCAUAUAUAAGAGGACUAAUAAAUGUGAUUUUUAAGUCCAAGACUUAGAUAAUCGUUAAAUAAGAUCAUUAAGUAGCAUAUACAGUAUUUUUUUUAUUUUAUUUGUAACUUAUGGCCUCGAAUGCCUAACCAUAAGUACCAUUUAAGGUAUAGGCCCUGCACACACAAACGGCAUACGUGAUUUUUUUUUAAUGUUUUACUACUUAUAGCUAAGAUUCAUAGACAAGUUCCAGUGUGAACUAUCGGAUUCUUACAGUAUAUAAAAAAAUGGGGUUUUGUCGUGUCCAUUGAUUGCGGUAACAUUUUGCUAUAAUUAUUAUUGUCCCAUGAGUGGAAUGUAGGAAAACAAACGUAAGAAAUCUGAAUGGUCGAAAAUCUACAGCCUGGCCGAAAAGCACAUGUCACUGAACAAUUAGAAAAUUGAUUGGCAUUACGCAUGUUUUCAUUUUAUAUGGAGAAAAAAAAACACGUUACUCUGCAUGCAACGCGUUAUUUGAUGCGAUUCUUAAGGAGGGUAUAUGCAACUGAUUUAGGCGAGAAUGCAACUGUACUUAACAUGCAAGCUGAAAUAUAUUUUGGAAUUAUCUUGUUGAAAUUUUUAUUGAAGAUUUAAUAAUUCGUAAACAUUAUCUUUUGAUGUCAAUUUUCUACACUGGUGCUUAAUCUUAAGCUAUAUUUACAUUACCGUCUUUCAUUAUUGUCUGAACAAUAUAACUAUAACAUUGUUUUUCGUAUUGAAACCAGAUUAUAGACUAGCUGAAUUUCGGUGUAAGCUACGAGCUUAUUUCGUACUUUCUACGCAAAACAGUAUUGGUGUAAUAAACGUUCCUAAAUUGUUAAUCAAUAGACUUUGUAUGCUUCAAUAUAUUUCAUACAUUUUAUAACAAUUCCUUAUUUAUAGAAACCGAAAAAAACUGGGUUAAUCUUGACGUUAUAUUAUUGAGUACUUAAAGGGCUAAGAUUUUUCACUUCUUUACACUGUAAUUAAAUAGUUUUAAAAAAAAUCUUGAUCAAUACAUGCUAAAGUCUAAAAAUCUGUAUGUUUAUAAUAUAUACGGUUUACAAUAUAUAUUGUAUCAGGUCUCGCGUCUAAUUCGUUUUAUAAUAACUAAAGGGAUCGCUAUAUUAAAUGUUUUGAGGGUAGAAUAAAAAUCUUAAUUAUUUCUUGUUUUAUAUAGCUGUAAUUGAGCACAAAUUUUGUUUGUCUUGUUCAUUUUUCAUAGAAUUUUUCCCAUUCCAAAGAAUUGUAUUUUUUUUAUGAAUCAUCGUUUUCUCUUUUACAUUCUUUCUAUGUGUGUUUUAUGUGAUAUCUAUUUUAAUUGUAAAUAUUUAAUUACAGUUACUAUUCGAAUAAAUAAUGGUUUAUUCUUUU